AUGAAAAAUUUAUUAUUAAUUUUAGUAAUUAUUAUUUUAAAUUUUAGUUUAAUAAAAUCAUUUCGAUUUAUAAUAGACUAUAAAUCAACAAUAGAUUAUAACAAUGGCGAGUGUGGUGGUCCAAUUUUAAAGGAUGACAACACAAUAUAUCCUCCAUGCAAGUCCAUAGAAGUUGCAGGUAAUAGAUCAAGGGAAAUUAAAAAUGUAAAUGGUGAUGACUAUGACUAUUCAGUCAUCGAAUUUUUUAUCAUCCAAAAUGAUGAGCCAAUUACAGAUCUAUAUAGCUUUGGUAAAUUUAGUUAUUUUACAAAUGUAUAUGUUAGACUAGUAAAUAAAGAUUUAGAGUCAUUCCCCGAUGUAGAGUUAGAACCACAAGUUAUUACCGUUAAUAAAACCUAUAGUUAUGUGUAUAAAUCAGAUGGCUCAUUCAAUAGUUUCAAGACAUUCAUUUUAUUAGACCAGAAAGACUAUUCAGUUAGCUAUCCACUUUCAACCUAUACAAUUACUGGUCCUUUUAGAUUCAAUGGUUGGGAUAAACAAUAUGACCCUAAUGUUAUACCAGUUUUCCGUACAUCCGAGUAUAUUGGCAACCUGUAUAUAAACAAUGUGUAUUUCUACCAAUCGUAUCCAUUCUCAAAUACUUAUUUAAAUCCCAAUGAUUUUAAAGCAGUCAAUUGUACAUUCGAUGAUACAUGGAACGUUCCUGCAUACUACCGUUUCUCAGAGUUUAAUAACUGCAAAUUUAUUAACUUUAUAAAUACAGAUAGAUUAAUAGAAACUAUAAGUGAAACCAUUAAAAUCUACAACUGCCAAUUCACAAACAAUACCCUAGAUCAACUGUAUAACGGAAUGAUUACCCACAUUACAUUAACCAACUCUUAUAAUGUAGAGGUUAAAGAUUCAACAUUUUCAAAAAACAACGCUAGGAAUAUAUAUCUUGGUGGUGACGAGUAUUUCCCAAGUGCAAUUUUUAAUGUAUUGUUUUCAAACAGCUCAUUCACAGACAAUUACUUACCUGAUGUAGAGGACAAAACCCUUAGUCAAGUUAACUAUCUCUUUGAAUUUUUAAACUGCGAAGAAAAUUCAAAAAUCAAUUUCAAUGAUAUACAUAUAAACUCCACCACCAAUAACGAACCAAAUGGUGGCCUACUACAUAUAUCUGGUAACUCUAAAGGUCAAAUAUACGGAAAUUUAGAUUCUAUAUUUUCAAAUUAUAACUUUUUAGAUUAUUUCAACAUUUCGAGUGAUGUUAAAUUUACAAUUACAAAUAGCUUUAUUAAAAAUUGGAACGAUUAUACAAAUAGCAGUGAUAGUAGUAGCAGUAUUACUAAUAGCAGCAGUAGUUUAGAAAAUAGUUAUAGCGAAAAAGAUAAUGACAACAAUUUAAAAAUUAAAAUUGCACUACCAAUAGUAUUUGGUGUAUUAUUUUUAUUAACUAUAGCCACAAUCAUUAUUAUAUAUAUUAAAAGAAAUAUUAUUAAAAGCAAUCAAUCAGUCGAGCUAAACUCCAAUAUAGGAGUUGCCAAAUGUGACACAAUUACAAUCCAAAGCUCACCAAGCACCAUCAAUAGUAGUGAAAAAUCUGCAAAUGUUGACUUUUAA